AUUGGCUCGUUUUGAACUCAGCGAUAAAAAGGUAAACAAGUACAUCGUGUGCGACAAAAACACUCAAGAAAUUGAGAUUAUUUGCCAGGAUAAUCUCCUGAAUAUUUUAAAAUAAACUUCCCAAAGCUGCUGCAUUUAUAAUCAUCACAAAAUGGUUCGAUUUUCUGCGAUUUUAGCUUUUGAGAGGCGACCCGUGAAAAAGAUGAAGUUUUUUCCUGAAGAAAGAGUAAAGAAAACAUCUAGUCCUCCAGAAACUCCACCGCAACCGAAACAAGAGCCGGAAAUAAAAAAACGAAUCAUCGACUCUGUCGUUUUGAACGUCAAAGGCGGCGUCGGUGGAUGUGGAAAUCCCAAGCUCAGGGGAAAAGGUGGAAAAGGAGGCGAUGUUUAUUUCAUUGCAACCAAAGGAGAAUCACUAGUCGGUCUGAAGAAAAAACUCCCCUACGAUCAAAUCCAUGCCGAAUCUGGUGGAAAUGCAAGCAACCUGAACCACUGUUUGGGAAGGGCAGGUUCGGACAAGUGGAUUCCCGUCCCUGUUGGUGUCAACAUUUACGACAACAUAGGAAAUUACUUAGGAUCACUUAGCAAGGAAAAUCACUCACUUUUGGUGGCCAAAGGUGGGGAGGGCGGAAACACCAAGAACGAAUUCAGAAUCCGUGGAGGUCAAUCGGUCACUGCAAAGGUACAACUGCAAGUUGUGGCAGACGUCGGAAUCGUUGGUUUCAAAGGAUCUGGAAAGACCACCUUGUGGAACCAUUUGACGCUUCCUCUUUCCAUGGAAAUACCCCCAAUUGAACCAACAAAAUACGCUGACGUCAGAAAGAUGACCUACCCUGAUCUGAGGGUGAUCCGAGUGCUCGACACUCCUAGUUUUCGACUCGGCAUGCAGGAUGAGAAACAGGGACAGCAGGUUCUCAGCUACAUCAAAAGGACACGCUUGCUUUUGAUUUGUUUGGACGCCACGGGCCAUCAAUUGGGCCCCAAGAAGAGACUGAAUCUGUUUGAAUCUUACCUUUGUCUCAACAAAGAGUUGCAGUUGUUCCAUCCCAAAAUGAUGAGCAGACCUACUGUCGUUGUUGUCACCAAAAUCAACAGACCUGACUCGCAGUUCCAAGAAUUUGAAAGUCAGCUCAGGAACAUAGAUGAAUAUGCGUCCAUGCUACCGAAGGAAUCAAGACCGGCUGAGUUUUUCAACUUGAGGCAUUUGGUCGGCAUGGAUUUGCGCCACAGAGAAGAGGAAAAACUGAACCGCCUGUGGGAAUCGAUCAGGGUUUUCAUCGACGAGUAUGAAUUCGAGAGAGAGGAAAAGGAAAAAGAAGCCGCCACCUUCAUCAGGAUGCACGGACGGCACAACUAAAAGAUUUGCCUAGAGUUUUGUGAUUGGUAUCGCUCGCUCGGCGGAAACGCAGUCAUCGACGAGGAAAAAGUGGCUCAACUU